AUGAGCUUCCUCCGUCUCGGGAGAUUCUCCCGUCCCAUUGUAAACUGCACUCCCAAUAAGCUUCAUCAGUUCCGAAUGGCUUCUAACACACCCGCACCUCGCUUUGCGGAGGGAGAAGACCCACACCAAUUGAGUUCCGACACUACCGCACUACAGCAGCAGGGCUGGGCUCUGGAUGCCGAGGGUACGGGAGUCACCAAGACGUUCCACUUUAAGAGUUAUUUCAAAGCGGUUUCAUUUCUGAAUCUUAUUGCGGCUGAGAGCUCGGUCAAGAAGCAUCACCCCACAAUGACUAUUCGGUUCGGUUCCGUCGAUGUCCACUGGACCACGCAUUACCCACGCGGCCUCACCCACAAGGAUAUUGCUUUGGCUCAGCACUGUGAUGCUGGAGCUGGUUUGAUAGGCGCAGUCGAAGCUGGACAGGGACUAAAAUGCGGAACUGAAGCCAAGUAA